AUGAUUUACGAAGGGCCAAAACUAGACGUCCCAACUGUCGAUGUUCUGACGUUUUUAUUCGACGACCCAAACGGACGCGCGUCCGAUGAUACACCACUGCACGCUGAAGCGAGAGAUCCGCAGAGAUACAUCACCAAGGCUCAGCUGCGAAAGUUGACUGGCUGCUUUGCGCAUUUCCUCAGGACAGAGUACGCAAUUGGUGCGGCCGGACCAAACAAAGACGUCGUCGUUCCCAUAUCUACAGGACAGUCUGCGCUUGCCGCUCUUCUCUAUGGCGUGAUAGCAGCCGAAGGCAUCUACGCUCCCGUUUCUCACUCAAGCACAGUCGACGAUGCAGUGCGUCAGAUCAAGGAUGGCCCAGGCAAGGUCAUUGUCUGCAGCAGCGACGCCAAGGAUCUAGCAGUCGCUGCAGCAGCCCGCGUAGGACUCCCGCAGAGGAAUGUGCUCGUGCUGACGAGUUAUCCCGACAUUAAACUCGAAAGCGUCAAUGGGGAAGUGGCUUGCGAUUUCAGGAAGCAGCUCCAGUGGAGGAAGAUUACAGAUCCCAAGGAACUUGCGGAGAGCAAGAUUUGCAUUUAUUACUCUUGUUGGGCUGACAAUAACGCAGGCGUGGUCUUAUCUCACACCAAUCUGGUUGCCGAAGGUUCCAUGCUCUCUUCCGCCGGAAGAAUACUUUUCGAGAAAGCAAAGGUCCAAUUUCGAACACUGGCCCAUUUACCCACAGCGCAUGCUGCCGCACUGGUUUGUUAUUUCGUCAACCCUAUCUACGAAGGGGGCGUGACCUACUGGAUGCCCACGUUCAACUUUGAUGACUUCCUUCGAUACUUUGGCGAGCUCAAGAUCACCAGCAUCUUCUCUGUGCCGCCCGUCUUCCUGGCGAUCUCCAAGCACCCCGCCGUCAAAGAUCAAUUUUCCGAUCUAGUACUUGUGUGCAGCGGAGCAGCUCCCAUGUCCAAGGAACUCCAGGACGCUGCCAAGAGCCGAAUGAAGUUGGAUGGCUUAUUUUCGCAAACCUGGGGCAUGACAGAGACAAGUGCCAGUGUAACUUGGAGCACCCCGACGAAAUCAAAUACAACCGGAAGCGUCGGCCGUUUGCUGCCAAACACCAAAUUAAGGCUCGUUGAUGAGGAAGAAAAGGACGUUCCGGAGGGACAACCAGGCGAAGCACUUGUCAAGGCACCAACCGUUGUGCAAGGGUAUCACCGCAACCCGGAAGCCAACAAGGCGACCUUUACCGCCGACGGCUGGCUGCGUACUGGAGAUAUCCUCUGUAUGAGAGGUGAUGAGCUUUUUGUCGUUGACAGGAAGAAGGAAAUGAUUAAAUAUAAAGGAUUCCAGGUAGCACCGGCCGAGCUUGAGGGGAAAAUUGCUUCACACCCAGCUGUUUUGGAUGCUGCGGUUAUCGGUGUGCCGCAAAACCACACGGAAGUUCCCCGAGCCUACGUCGUGCUGGCCCCGGCCGCCAAGGGCAAGAUCAGUGAAGAAGACAUCAUGGACUUUGUCAAGAACCAAGUUAUGGAUUACAAGCGCCUGAGAGGGGGUGUGCGCUUCGUGGACGCGGUUCCUCGCAGUGCUUCCGGGAAGAUUUUGAGAAAGGAGCUGAGAGAGAGGAGGAAGCAUGAAGACCAACAGUCUAAACUGUAG